GUUUUCAGCACUGCUUCUUUCUCUAAUUUCGAUCGUUAUUCUCUAAUCGAUACAUUUAUCAUGGUCGGUCAAGUUGCCAUCCUGGGUCUCUUAGCCCCUGCUCUCAUCCUUGCAGCUCCUUUCAACUCCAAGGACAAGAGAGAUGGGACGUUGGAAGCUGCUGAACAGAAUGGGCUCCUCGAUAAGCGCGACCCUCUACUAGGUCUAAGCGUUGGACUCUCUGCUACUGUCGGUGUGUCCGGCACAGUCAAGGUCACCACGGUCAAACCGCAGACGACAUUUUCCAUCCCAAAGGUCUCUCCCAUCAAGGUGUCAAUCAGCUCCAAGAAAGUCAGCAGCAGCAGCUCAAAGAUAUCGACCGCUGCUGUCAAGCCAGUCUCCAGCAAGAUACCUCCCCUUUCGAGCAUUUUGAAGUUCACUAGCUCAACUAAGCCUGCCUCCUCAUCUCCGGUCACCAUAAAGAAGUCGACCGUCACCGUAAAGCCUGUGUCCUCGAGCAAGAAGGCUUCUUCGUCAUCGGUAAAGCUGUCGUCUUCUAGCAAGAAGUCCAGCUCUUCCUUAUCCUCGAAGAAGCCAAGCUCAUCAACUAGCAAGCCCGCCACGAGCAGUGCUAAGAUCUCUACAAAGUCCAGCAGCUCCUUCAAGAUCCCGAUCCCGCUCCCCACUUUAAAGAGCUCAAGCAAGGCUGCUGUUAGUAGUUCCAAGGUCUCCGCAAAGCCUAGCAGCUCUGUCAAGCCUGCAAGCAGCUCUGUCAAGCCUGUAAGCAGCUCUGUCAAGCCUGCAAGCAGCUCUGUCAAGCCUGUAAGCAGCUCUGUCAAGCCUGCAAGUAGCUCUGUCAAGCCUGCAAGCAGCUCUGUCAAGCCUGCAAGCAGCUCUGUCAAGCCUGCAAGCAGCUCUGUCAAGCCUGCAAGUAGCUCUGUCAAGCCUGCAAGCAGCUCUGUCAAGCCUGUAAGCAGCUCUGUCAAGCCUGCAGGUAGCUCUGUCAAGCCUGUAAGCAGCUCUGUCAAGCCUGCAAGCAGCUCAGUCAGGUCCUUGAGCAAUUCGAUCUCUCGUGGUUCUAUCCCCGUUUCCUCUGCCACUACCGGCAAACAAGAUUUGACCUCGAUCGAGACUGGCCAGUUCCCUACUUUAAGCUCGGUUGUGUUGCCCACCCUCAUAAAACCCAGCAGCUCCGCUGUGGUUUCCAUUUCGAUUAAGCCUACUCUCUCAACGAUUGUGACUAAGCCCUCUGGAAGCGGUAUUGGCGUUUCACUUGGACUUCCUGGUAACACAGUUACCAUUCCUGGACUUACACUGACUGGAGGAGUCAACGUUCCCACUGGUGGACCUCUCUCGUCGCUCUUGAGCCGCGCGUCGAGCUUGGUGUCCUCGAUCGCGUCUAAGGCCACCUCCGUUGUAGGCGGAGAAGUGUCCACCGUCAGAUCUGGUGUCUCUUCUAUCGCUACCAAGGCUACGUCCGUCGUCGGUGGAGACAUUUCCACUGUCAGAUCUCAGAUCUCUUCAGUGGUCUCGCAGGCACCCACCUCAAUCGCUGGUGAUGUUUCUACCAUCAGGUCUCAGCUGUCGUCUGUAGCCUCGCAAGUCAAUUCUGUGGCUGGUGGCGAUAUCUCUACAGCCAGAUCUCAGUUGUCUUCUGCUAUCUCGCACGCUACAUCCGCUGUAUCCAGUGCUAAUUCAGCGAUCAACUCUCAGAUCUCCUCAGCUGUCUCUCAAGGUGCAUCUGCCGCAUCAAAUGCAAAUUCCGUCAUUAGCUCUCACAUUUCCUCGGCCGUGUCUAAGGCGUCGUCUGCAGCUGGUGGUGAGGUUUCUACCGUCAAAUCUCAGGUUUCUUCCGUUGCGUCGGCAGUCACAAGCGUUCGGUCGGUCGUCGGCUCUCAGUUGUCUACUGCUGUGUCCAGUGCGGACUCAGUCAUCAGCUCUCGGGUUUCCUCGGCAGUUUCUCAGGCUUCGUCUGUCGUCUCGAGCGUCAACUCGCAGGCCUCUUCUGCAGUCUCGCAUGCUCCAUCUGCACUCUCGAGUGUCGGACCAGCAGCCAGCUCUCAGCUAUCCUCUGUUGUGUCUAGUGUCGAAUCAAUUGUAAGCUCUCAAGUUUCUUCUGCUGUUUCUCAGGCUUCAUCUGCCGCGUCCAGCGCCGAAUCAUUCGUCAGCUCCCAGGUCUCUUCGGCCGUUUCCCAAGCUUCCUCGGCCGUCUCAGGUGUCAGUUCCCAGGUCUCGUCUGCUGCUUCCGAAGGCGUUUCCGCUUCCGUCUCGGCUAGCGUGAGUGCCUCCGCUGGAGUUUCGUCGUCCACAUCUCCAAGCGUACCGAGUUCUGCCUCGCUCCCCAUCCUGCCUGGUCUCCCUAUUUCCAGCGUUAUCAGCGAUGUCUUCUCUGGAAUCAGUGGCCUUUCUGGACCUACCAGUCUCCCUGUCUCAAGCAUCGCUAGCGUAAUCAUCUCCGAAGUCAGCGAAAUCUCGGUGCCUACCAGUCUUCCUGUCUCGAGCAUCGCCAGUGCCAUUGUUUCUGAAGUCAGCGAGAUCUCGAUUCCUACUCUGGUGCCUUCUGGAGUUUCGAGUAUCCUUAGCGAGGUUGCUUCUGAGGUCAGCGAAAUCUCGGUGCCUACCAGUCUCCCUGUCUCGAGCAUCGCCAGUGCCAUUGUUUCUGAAGUCAGCGAGAUCUCGAUUCCUACUCUGGUGCCUUCUGGAGUUUCGAGUAUCCUUAGCGAGGUUGCUUCUGAGGUCAGCGAAAUCUCGGUGCCUACCAGUCUUCCUGUCUCGAGUAUUGUCAGUGUGAUUGCUACUAUCACCGACAUCUCCGGACCUACUGCGUCUCCCACCGCGGUCACUAGCAUCCUUAGUGAGGUUGCGUCUGUCGUCACUGAUUUGUCUGGGCCUACCGAUCUUCCUUCUGUCUCUGAUAUUCCCUCCGCAGUGAGCAGCAUCGUCAGCGAGAUUCUUUCUACUGACCUUCCUCUCGUUACCGGUCUUCCUAGCGAUAUCCCCAGCAUCGUGAGCGAGAUCACUCUGCCUACCGAUCUGCCCACCGGAAGUGGCCUUACCUCUGUACUGAGCAGCGUCGUUACUGAGGUUCUCCCCACCGGUCUCCCUACCGGAAUUGGCAGCAUCGUCAACUCGAUCACUAUCGGCCUUCCUGCUAUUACCGAUCUGCCUGAGGUGAUCUCUAGCAUCGUCCCUUCCGUCACUGGCGAGAUACCUACUGCAGUUUCCAGCAUAGUCGGUGAUCUGGGUGACCUUCCCUCAGGGAUCAGCAGCGUUGCCAGUGAGAUUCUUCCCACUAGCAUUGUUUUGCCUACCAAUGGUCCUAUCAGCCUUCCUACUACUGGAAUCAUCAGCAGUAUUGUCAACGGAAUUACCUCUGACCUUCCUCAGAUCACCGACAUUCCUGUUGCAGUCAGUAGCAUUGUUGAUGGAACUAUUACAUCCAUCGUACCCGAAGUCGUAUCUGCUGCUUCUACGCUCCUUGACAACGAUAUCACUGCCUCGGUUUCCCUACCAGCUGCGGUCUCUAUCGUCACUGGUCUCGUCCCAUCUGUUGUGUCAGAUAUCGGAUCUGCUGCUUCUACGCUCCUUGACAACGGCGUCACUGCCUCGGUUUCUUUAUCAGCUGCGGUUUCUGUCGUCACUGGUCUCGUCCCAUCUGUUGUGUCAGAUGUCGAAUCUGCUGCCUCUACCCUCGUUGGCGGUGUCAUCUCCACUGCAGUCUCGGCCGCUCUGCCAAUCGUCACCGACGCAGGUGUUGGUGUUAGUGCUGGUACUGGAGAUCUUGGAGCUGUGGUUUCGAACGUCGUGGGCGCAAUUUCCACACUCGCUAGCACUGUUAUCAACUCUGACGUUCCGGCCGUCGCUACUGGUGUCGUCGUGCCCAUCGUUUCUGAAGUUUCACAGGGUGCUAGCGUAGCCAUUUCGGUCGGUACUGCGGUUGUUGACUCAGGCGCCACUGCUGUCAGCCAGAUCGUAUCUGCAAUCUUCACUCCUGUCGUUUCUGCAGUCGUCACUCCUGUCGUUUCUGCAGUCGUCACUCCUGUCGUUUCUGCAGUCGUCACUCCCGUUGUGUCUGUCGUCUCUGAUGUCGGAUCUGUCGUCGCUUCUGCGCCUAGCUCAAUCAUUGGUGCGGCCGUCUCAGGUGUUACCUCAGCACUCGUCCCCGUCGUCACUGGAGCCACUGGUGCCGUUGGCGGUCUGGUCGGUGGUCUGGUCGGUGGCGCAUCCUCCGCUAUCUCUAGCGCUGUGCCCACUACUUUGACUACAAGAGCCUCGUCUUCCGCUGCUACUUCCACCAAAUCCAGCUCUACAUCCGCUGCCCCUAUAAUCCAUAUCGGUGGUCUUAAGAUCGGACGCCGCCGCUAGAAUAGAUCGUACAGAUGAUCUAUACACACUUUUCUAAGACCCAUCAUUUCUUUUGUCUAUCUUAGGUCUUUCAUAGGUGUUAUUUUAAGACGCAAUU